CCCAGGUCCCGACACAACCCCGAGCGCGUCGACGCUGACCCCAGGACAAGCAAUCCGGACUUGAACACGCACGCACUCACGCACGCGCACACACAUCGGCAUCUGCGGCAGCCGCAUCCGACCGUCGGCGUCUUCUACUGAAAACCUUCGAUCCGCACAGCGCCGUUGCAAACCGACGAGGCCGUUGACGACCAGAUACACGCCCGCUGCUGCCAGCAUCGUCGACAACUUUUCGAGUGUACGCCGGGGUCUGUACUUCGCCAGCAGCUCAACGACGGCCAUGAAGCACAUCGUGUUCAUCACAGCCUGCGUCCUCCUCUUUCUCGCCGCCACCAGUGCAGAGGUGGCGGACGAUAGCGGCCUGCGGGGCAGUGCCGUUGGCCUGGGCACGGGCGGCAUGGGGGGCGGCGCUCUGGCGAGCGGUGGGCUGGAGAACCUGCUGUGGAACUACCUGAUGGCCAAGCAGAUGGCCCGCCAGAUGCAGCGGGAACAGGUCGACCAGCCCGCUGCCGUGCCAGACUUCCAGAGGAAAAGGAGCGGCUGGAAACAGUGCUCCUUCAACGCAGUGUCCUGCUUCGGCCGACGCAAGUGAGCUGCUUGACGGAACGGCGGCGGGCGAUGGAAGAUGACAAUGAAAAACGUCGAAAUCAUCUCGGAGCCCUCCAAUCCUGAAUAACGGCGACGCUGAGCGAAGGCGGUCACCAAGGCACCGCGCUUCGUCGGUGUCCCAAGCCGCGGACGUCAAAUUGACACAUGCGCCGAAAUGGAGCCAUUGUCUAAGAAUAUUUCAUUGUUCGAGGUUAUUUCUUCGUCUAGGGGAAUGAGUAGUAGACGCUAGCUGAAACGAUAAAGAAUUUAUGGAGAUGUACUUCCCCGCGAUAUGAACACUAGUAUAUAUCAUGCGCGUGGUGUGUGAUUGUGAAAGUAUAAAUUGAGAACUGCUUUCUAUUCUUCUCUUCAAUCUAGCCCGAGAAUACUUCGAGAUUCAAGUAAUACGACAGCUACAAGCGUGGCUUGGUUCCCCAAUUCUAAACGUAAUAGCCUAAAAUGCUUAAGCUUCGGAAAAUCAUUUCUCUCAUGACGAAGUAUAAAAUGGGGAAAGGAGAGGAACGGAACAUUACUGAGAGUGAAUUCGUGUUUUAGAGCUCAUUCUGCACAAAAUCAAAUAAAUGUGCCAGUCUUCACCCAAACCUUGAUUGUUAUUCACAUAAAUGUUAUCGCAAGUUAUCUGUUGACAAAAUUAUUGAAAAUGAUUUACGAAGAAUUGUUACCCGCUCAAGCAACAACAAAGAAAUGGCAUUCGUGCUGACAAUGAUUUGUUUUAGUGAAGCACAGCAGUGUAAAAGAAAGCAGUAAGCCCUGGGGAUUUUCCUAGACUCUGCGCAGCGAAAUAUAAGGUCGGCAUGCUAUCAGCGCCCUAUGUGUGGUUAUUAUUCCCCACUGAGAACGGAGCCGGAAGCAGUUCUCAAGAACAGCACUUUGCACUGCAGUAAGAGCAUGUACAUAACAUUAAGGGCCUAGUACAUAUCUUGGCUCAAUAAAACUCCGCAGACCUAAGUUUUUUUUUUCUUUUUGCCUGAACAAAGGGACUGCAAUAUGGGCAAAAGCUUCGCGAAAUUUAAUUUAUUUAUUUAGACGUAGUGGCCAUACCCGUCUUUUUGGCGCGAAAACAUUAUUUUACCUUAUUAAAGCAAAUUUGUUUCCCCUACUAGUUACGACGUCAUAAAACAUUGCAGAGGUUUUGGUGAACUUAUGUGGCGCUGUUUAGCAUGACCAUCCCCAACACAAGAACGUAUGAGGUCGUUUAACGCAGGCAAUAUUUGACUACCACUGACAUUGCUUUAGUGUUGUUCAGUGAUGUUGCAGCUAUUACACAAUUUAUCAAACGAUGGCUCGCAACAAAGUUUGGAAAACAAUCGUUACUCCUGUAUAUACAGACAUUUCGUUUACCCUCCUGGAGGGCUCCGAGUGACUCCGAUAUGAAAGAGUUUCAUCAGCUCAUUCAACAUAUGGCACAUUAUAGAGAGAAAUUCGCUAGUUUUGGGCCGAGGGUUCAUUUAUUGUGGGAAAAUGUGUCUAGAUAUGCCGACGAGUGAGGAGGCGUCUGUUCAAAUUUCAUGUUCGAAAUUCUGGCAGUUGUCAAAUUGUGUAAGUGCUUGACGGCCCGCGAAGAAAUACUGAGAACGUUUUAACUACCAUUGUUGAAGCCUGACGAUGGAAUUAGAAUUACUUAACUGUACAUGUUUCAAGCGCUGGCGAUUUCGUCUACAACUUUUAUGACUAAGCACUUCUUAAAUCAAGCGGUCAACUGGGCCGCGGAUGUGAAAAACUGGCUACUGCUGAUGCGUUCAGUGGCAAUGCUUGAAAUUUACGAGCAAGUUGUACAUGAAAUAUUCAAUCUAAAGUGUCGUGUUUAAUGUAAUAAAUAAGUGAAGUAUUGCGAGUUCGAAGAAUAAAUGUCACUACUACCUUUUUGACUCUUGUUUUGUUAGAAAAAUAUUCUUUACUAGUUCACUGUUCUCAUCUAGUUGCAGCCAUAGGAGGCUGCGGCUGUAUUGAAACGUCUGUGAUGGCAAACAAUUUCAAUCCAGUGAUUACUCUGUUAUAGGCGGUACGAAAAAUAUAUUCCAAGUUGUUGCACAUGCCUGUCACCAAUUUCAAAGCAUUCAUAUGAAAGUUAGGACACCGCAGUAGGAGCAGAAGUUUGGUUUCAUUACGGUACUCUGGCUUCAUUUCGUAAGAAAACGUGACGUGUUGUGAACAAGCCAAUCCGCCGACACCAAGCCUUCCUGUGUUAUAAAAUAAAUAUUGUUCGUUUGAGGAACAAAUUGAUUAUUCUUCUGUCCAAUGGACUUCGAAUUUCAUUUUGUUCUUAGCAUAUUGUACACUUUACUUCUACGAAAAUAUUAAAAGGCGAUGUCAACAAAUGAAUCAGUCUUUUUUUCAUGUGUACGGCUAAUUUGACGACUAAUAACAGAUUAGGUAUUAUGAUAGCUUGCAGUGUCAUUUGUUCUUUUGUUGUAAAUAAAGCGUUCUAUUUGCCA